UAAACGUCAAUACGAAAUUCAUAUAGGGCCAUUGUCACAUAGAAGUUUUGGCAGAGAAAAUAUUUUCAGCAAAAGAUUAGGCCACAAUGGGAGCCGCUUCGAGCACACCAAGGACCGUUACGAUUGACAAUGAUUCUCCAGCAGGUGUAAUUGAUAUUUCGGACGAUGUUGUAAAACGUCUUAAAACGGGAAUGCCUCCAAGAGAAGGUACACGCCAACAAUCGAGUACUCCUAGUUCAUAUCCAAAUCCAUUACCAACUCCGGCUGAGUAUCAUAAUGAAGCUACAUUACCUUCGAAAGGGGUUGAAGGGAAUAAUGACUACUUGUCUAAACGGUUAGAAAUGUUAGAAGCCCGAUCGUCCGCUAUCGAAAGAGAAUAUAACAAUGCGGUGAUUGAUGUAAAGAAGCAUUUUCAGAAUACUGCUGUAAGCUAUCAACUGCCACCAUGCCAGGACCUAAAGGCAAAGGUAGUUGAGUGCUACAAAAAAAACCAAAAUGAGACUUUAAACUGUGCAGCCGAUGUGAAAUUGUUUUCCGAUUUUGUCAAUUUACAUAGGAUUCAACUUUUACAGCAAAAAGAAGCCAGUGUUAGUUCCGCAAAAGCAAAGUGAGAAAAAACUGCGAAGUAAACUAGAAAUUAACAAGCGUUAAAGAGAUAAUUCAUCAUCUCUGUUCUACAUCGUGAUCAGGGGCAAUUCCAUUAAAAUUAUUCUGAACUACAUGGUUUAAUCAAAAUUUAAAACAGCAAUUUUGAUCCGAUUUCUUCUGAUCAACAUGUACAAUAGAGAGAAUUCGCUCGUCUGUAAAUACAUACAAUGGUAAUGCAGAUUUAGUUGUUCUCGUCAAA